AUGGCAUUUCUAACGCGUAACAUGGACCGAUCGACCAUAAUAUUCUUCGCCGUGACCGCACUGGCCUGCGUCACCAAAAUCGCCGCCACCGCCAUCACCACCAGUCUGGCCACCACUGUUCUCAAACCUGGCCGCAUCUUCGGUCUCGCCAUCACGGCCUCGGUAUUUGAGAUCUUUGCCCUGUUCGCUCUCCUCGCAAACAUUGGAUUGUUCCUAGCACGGGUUUCUCGGGCCUUGCUAUUCACGACAUGGAUCCCCGGGGCAUUAUCUUGCCUUGCUGGGACAAUCCUCAGCCUAAUCACCCUGGCGUUGACGAUUCACUUUGCGGAUGAAAAGAUGCUCAAGGAAGAUUCUGAUUUCGCUGUUGGUACGAGAGGAAUCGCGGCAGCCGGACUGGCCAUCGGUAUCAUUGGGUUAAUAUCACAGACGGCGUUCUAUGUUCUGGUAUGGCCACCAUCAGAGCGGGGAUUCGCUCAGCCUGUCGAGAUUCUGGAAGAAAGACCAUCGCCACCUCGAUCUCUUAUGCGAAGAUCGAUAUCAGUUCAUAUGGCUUCACUUGGGCCAUCGUCACCCAAGUUCUUCAGAUCACAUUCUGAGCCAGGGUCGCCAUCGCUGGCGGCGAGUAGCCCAAGAUCAUCUUUCAGAGACUCCGCCAGCCAAGCAUUGAGGCCGAUGACCUCAAAGACAAGACUGUUGCUUCACACUUCAUUCGCUUCGAAAGACUCAAGAAGCGUCCAAGCAGAGCCCAUGGUAGAAGUCAUGCGGCAGAAUGACGAUUUUGAGAACUGGGACACCUCGGCCGUGGAGGAGGACGGCUACGCCAGUCCGUUUGGAUCAAAGACAAAGAUGACGAGACUCGAAACGAUCCCAGGCAGUCGACCAGUCUCGCCCGCCCAUCCACUCGAUGGCCCCUUUCCGGAUGAAGAAGGCAUCGCUCCUGAUCAACUUCCUCUACCAGAAUCACCGUUCCAAUCACCCAUAUCUCCAUUGUCACCCAACUCCGAAACCUCUUCACUACGCAGCAUGCGCCGGCCUACCACACGAAGGAAAAACUCUAAUGCCAACGACCAAUCCUUCAUUCAUCCUCUUUUUCGAACUGAGUCUCCCGCGCCACCGCCCCUUACAUCGCCGGGCACAGUCAUACACGCUUCACCAUAUGCCGGUCAGAUCGUCAGUGCCGAGAACAUGGCAUUGGCACCGAGACUACUGCAUUCGUCGCAUGGAAGUCGACCGACGACGCCGAACCUGGUGUCGCCGGCGAGGAGUCGACCGGGCAGUUUGAGGAGCUUUCGCAUGAAUUCUGCAUCGCCGGUGGAGGCGAAUGGGAGUGAGAGGGGGCCUUCGGCUUUGAGUGAGGCGACGUCGAUGAUGCCGAAUGACUGA